AUGCCGAAGAACGCGAACGAGUACAUUGAUCUGGCCACGACCGAUUCGGUCGAACCACUGGGUCAAAACAACGGAUUUAUCCCCGGUCAUAUGAAUCCUCGACUCAUCCACAAAGAUGACAACAACAACAACAACGCCAACAGCAAUAAUGAUAUCUCUUUGAACAGUUUUGAUCCUCUGUUAUGCAACCGAUUACCCAACUAUUUCGUAUCGAACACUACUCAACUUUCCGCCGCGGAAGAUCUGAAGCAGUCAAACUAUCAGCCCUAUUUUAUGCAUCCAACGCCACCAAUACCACCACCACCUCCUCCACCAUUACCGCCUAAGCCGGCUAGACAGGAUGGAACACAUCAGUCAGACACGGCUGUUGUGCAAACAAACAAACAGGCGGAGAGAGAAGAAGAUGAACCGACGGUGGAAGAUGAAGAAGUGUCGCAAUACAUGUCCCGACCGCAAGAUCUUGGUUCGGGCAUGAGUUCCACAGUUCCAAAUGAUCCUCGCACAUCCCUGAUAGACGGCAGUGGUGCACAAAGACCUCCACCACCACCAUACUAUGUCAAUCUGUUCGGAUCGGACAAAGCGAAUGCGCGCAGAACGUCGCAGAACCGCGGAUCGAAUCAACAGUUGCGAAAGAAUGGGAAGCGAUACAGUUCCAUCGAGUCCAGUGUGACACGGGCCGUGACGCAGACCUCGUCCACUUUCACGACCAAAACCCCAGACACUGUGAUUGAACUCAGCACAUCCGGUCGAGCAAACACCCACUCGAACGGUGGCUUUGAUGAUGCAAGCUCGGCAACCCCAGCGCAUAAAACAUCGCAAAAAUUGGAACUAUCUGCACCGAUUCACAACAAACCAAUCACUACUAUUCUCGAAUAUCUGGACGCAAUGGGACAUGAUACCAAAGAGCUUUCAUGCGAAAUGCCCAGUCUGAACGACCCCAUGUGGUCCCGAAUUACCACACCGUCCAUCUCAUGUUUCAAUUCAAAAGUGGCUCGAUGGUUUCGUGCCGGCAUGCCAGUGGGUAGUCGAGGCAAACCGCGUCAUCACAGUCUGGACGAAAAGGAUGGUAUGGCCUUGAACACCCCGUACUGGCGGUGGACCGGAGAACUGCGUGUUCGGUUGAACGAGACUCGAUGUGAAGGAUUUCUGUGGAUUCGAAAUCAACACACUUUGCAACAAUCGCAACAGUCCGCCCAGAAAUCCCAUCCGUGGCACAGUCUACGGAUAAAUUAUCGUGGUUGGUCCGACGGAGGGUCCGCAGGAGGAGCCAUAUCCGGCCGUAAUUCCCCGAGCACUUCGCAGAUUCGUAUCUCACGAAAAUGGAAACAGUGUCAAUGGUCACGUCACUGGUUCGUAUGCGAUAUCCCCGGCAGUUUUCGAUUUGCCGAAAUUCGACAAGUUCAACCCGGACUCAGUCCGAACUCUGAUCUGCCGGCCAGUCUCACCGAGGAUAUCCCCACACAGCAUCAAUCCGAUCCGGAAGGAACUUGUGAUUCACCCCGNCCCCGGCGAGGCAAACAGUCACGUUUGAACAAGCCAUUUUACAAGUACAAAGCACGAACUGCCGACUGGGUCCAGGAAUCUCAGAAAUAUUCCGAGAGUGGCAACAAUCUACGUCAGACGGAGGAAUUGGAUCAUCUGGUAUUUCGCGUGGAGACGUGGAUGCAAGUGUACAUGUUAAAAGCUGCCAGUCCAGAACUGAGAAACUUGUGGAUGGACGUGUUUCAUUAUGCUUGCGAUCGAUUGGGAUCGAUGCAUGUUGAUUUUUGUCUGAAACAACAACAACAACAACAACUGGCACUUCUACGGUUAAAUUAG